AUGUCCUCUCCCGCAUCCUCCGUUCCCCCUCAUCUCAAUCCGCCCCUCAUAUUCUCCAACCUCUCCCCGACAUCUCGCUCUCGACCGUCGCCCACAGGCUCUCCCCAACAGAGCGCAAGUCCCAGAACAAGUCCGAGAGGGGGAACGACUGGCAUGAUCGACAUUGAAGGACUUUUGAGAGUGAACGGGGGAGACUGCAAAAAAGCGCUGGAAUUCGUUGUUUCCGACCGGAAUAAUCUGCAAGCCCAAAACUCGCAGCUUUGGAAACUCAUCGAGAAGCAACGCUCGCAAUGCGCAUCACUAGCAUCAGACAACGACCGCCUCCGACAUGAUCGAGAGCGCGCCAACCACAAGCUAGUCUCUGCCGGCUUGGACCCAGAGGGCUACGUCCGAAAGAUAAAUACGUCCUCCAGCGCCACUGGCUUGGGAGGACUCGCAAACGAAUUCCCCAAAAUCCGGCGAAACCAUUCCGACAGGGAGGACGUAGUGAGACUGGAAAAGACUGUCGAGGACAAGGAGAGCGAGGGGCAGAGGAACAAGGAAGGAGGAAAGGAACUGUCGGCACCACCCGAAUCCCAACAGUCUUCGGGCCUGCUACCCUCACCCAUCCCCAACCGCAGGGCAAAGAGAGAAAGCCGGAUGGUGUUCCCGCCCGAGGUUUCGUCGUACAUGGCCCUGGUCGACUCACCGAAAGAGGGAAAGCACAAUACAUCGACGCCGCCGACUUCUUCCUGUGCCGAUCCUUCCCCUCAGGUGGUAGCUCCCCAGGCGGUAGCCAGCGCAGAGUCGGAAGGGCACGAGGACUAUGGGAUUGUACCUCCUCCGUCGUCCAAGGCUUUUGCCGCCACUAUGGCGGCUGAGCCCUCACAGCCAUCUCCAAAGCCUAUCGUUCCUCCCGUCGUCACGAGAGGCAACUCUGCCGAAUCUGUUGCAACGCUUCCGACACCUUCGCGCGAGACGUCAGCAAGCUCCUUGAAAUCUCCUGCAGAGUCCAUCCUGUCAGAAAUGAUUGCUUCGAGCAUUUCCGAGUCGAUGCAAUCAAGCGCGUCGAUCGACGAGCUGUCUCGACCGUCGCUGGACUCUACGGUUUCUGCAGAGUCCCCCAACCAUAAGACACCUCGUCAGUCGAUUGACCACACUCCCCAAGUUCAUCAACAGCAGAAGUCUGUACAACAAGAGGGGCCGAGUAGCGCUCCGCGUCUCUCCCCCGCUUUACUCCCGCACGCUCGUAUCACGAUCCCCAGCAGUACCGUCUUCCCUAAUACAUCUGGUCGAGACGUUCUCUGCUUUAUCGUCGAGAUUGUUAUCCGGGCGCCGAAUGCUCAGCCAGUGACUUGGAAUGUCGCCAAGUUGUUCAGCGCGUUCUUGGAUCUCGACACCAGGAUCAAAGUGUCGUCAAACAAGAACAGGAAAGAGUGGAAGCAGAUGGUCAUGCCUCUACCGGAAGGGCGGUCUUGGAAGGACUUUGCGCCCAGCAAAAUUGACCAGCGAAAAGCGGCAUUGGAAGCGUAUCUGCAGAGCUUGUUGGUGGCGCCCAUCAGCGACAAAACGGAUCUGUGUCACUUUUUGAGUACCGAUCCUGUGCAAGCCAAGAGACACGAUUCCAGGAAAGAAGGGUAUCUUACCAAAAAAGGAAAGACGUUGGGAGGCUGGAAGACGAGGUACUUUGUGCUUGAUGGACCUGUGAUGGAGUAUUUCGAAUCCCGUGGCGGAAAUCACCUUGGGUCAAUAACAAUUACCAACGCCCAGAUAGGCAGACAAAAUCGUCCUAUAGACUCGUCUGAUGAGCGAGACUUUCGUCAUGCCUUCCUCGUCAUCGAAGCUGGGAAAAAGGGGACGUCUCACCGACACGUGUUAUGUGCCGAAAGCGACGUGGAGAGGGAUAGGUGGAUUGAGAUAUUGGUGAAACAUGUCGAUCCAGAACCUGCCCCUGCUCCGGCUCCGGCUUCGGCUCCUGAUCCCGUCUUUCAACCCCAACAACCCCAUCAACCUCCUUCCCAGCACGCUCCUGCUUCUGUGACUCCUCCUCAAGCGCCAGCUCAGCCGCAGCAGCAAGGACAACAGUUGCGACGGAAAGCGAGUCAAUUGCGAAAGCAUAGCAAGGACGGAGUUGUCAUUACCAACGCACAACCAUUGUCUGGCUUCGCAAACAACGCCAAAUUCGCCGGUGCACCCUCGCCGAGUAUGUUCAAUAGUAUGGAGACCCAAAGAGCUCUUACGCAAUCGCCCGUCUCUUCUGCACCCACACAGACCUUCCCAGUGCCCCACGUGCAUGGUGCCAGAGACCAGGCGUCGGUCUCCCAACCGUCCCGCUCCAAUUCGUCCCAGGAGCCGCCUCAGCAGCAGAAAUCCACAGAGAAAGCAUUCAGCGCAAGCGCCCCUCCUUCAGAAACUAUCACCUCUGGCCCCAUCGUUAUCGAACCUACUUCAAAAGCCAGUAAGAGGCAAAGCGUGAUGCCCGGGAAGGCGCCUGGGUUCUUGACCACUUCCAGCCAACAAAGUCUCGGUGCACCCGCGCCUAGCCCCACAGGGGAGAAAGACAGGGAUAGGAAGGCUAAAAGUCGGAUGUUCUGGGGCUUUGGCAAGACACCGGAAAAGAUUGCCCGACCGGUCUUUGCUGUGCCUUUGACUGAUUCACUUGCGAUAGCAAGCGUCGCAAAUCUUCCUGCCAUCGUUUUCCGCUGCAUCGAGUAUCUCGAAGCUAAAAAGGCGGAAGACGAAGAGGGCAUCUACAGGCUGAGCGGGAGUUCGGCAGUGAUCAAGGGCUUGAAGGAGAGAUACGAUGCGGAGGGGGAUGUCAAUUUGUUGGCGGUUGAUGAGUAUUGGGAUCCGCAUGCUAUCGCUGGGCUGCUCAAAACGUUUUUGAGAGAUUUGCCAACGAGCUUGUUGACCAGAGAGCUGCACACAAGAUUUUUGGCUGUCAUGGACCUUGUGGACUCAUCUGCUCGCAUAUCUGAGAUCGGGCGUCUCGUGACAGAGUUGCCGCCUCCCAAUUAUGCUCUGCUACGAGCCCUCACCGCCCAUCUUAUCCUGGUUGUUCAAAAUGCGGGAACCAAUAAAAUGACUUUGCGCAAUAUCGGCAUUGUCUUCUCACCGACACUCGGUAUACCUGCGGGUAUCUUUUCGGAAUUGAUUAGCAAUUUUGGACCAAUUUUCGAUGACGAAGGCGAAGCGCUGGAUACUCGGGCACCCGUAGGGGAAAGUGGCUCGGCUACAGCCGGUGCAGGCCUGUCUGCGUUUGAGGAUGCUGAGGAGACUGUCAAGAGGAAAAGAAACAGUAUGUUGUAUCAGGCUGGUGGUGCAGACACUAUGCUCGGAUUGACGGGGAGGCAGCUCGAUUCGACUGAAGAAGACUCCUCAGAGUCAGAUGAUGACCUCGAGCCAGAGGAACCCUCGGACACAUCCGUUGCCCACUCAUCUUUGCCAUCAUCUGCAGCUGCAUCUUCCGAGCCCAGCUACCCUUCAGCAGCUGCCGUGCGGAAGGCCAAAGCUGCUGCCAGAGGCUUGGCUGUGGAUACUCAAUCUAACAAGGAGAAUGAGCACGCCAUGACCGCUAACAGUGUGGUCUCCGGGAAGACGCCAGAUUCAAACGCGCUGCUCAGUCCCAGACCGCGCACAAGUGGGCCGGAAACGCAGCAGGGCUGA